UUGGAGCACAAACAACUCCUCUCUCUCCGAGCACCAAAAAAAAAAAAAAAAAAACCCCUUUCUCUCUCUCUCUCUCUCUCUGCCAAGUUGAAAGUCUUGGCCUAGUACUGUUCUACAUCUGUGAAUUGUCUAAAUAUAAAUAAAUAAUGAGAGGCUGAUAAUAAUAAGGACCUGGAGGCUGUAGUGAUGCAAAAGCUCUUUUCUACGUUUCUCAAACACUUGCGCUGCCAAGUUUAGACCUUUUUGUUGUUGCUUAACGUGGCACAGAGACAACUUUGAGAGGGAGAGGGGGAGAGAGAGAGAGAGAGAGAGAGAGGCAGAGGGGUUUAACUAUAAGCCUCCUGGGUUUUAUUUGAAAGGCGGAUUUGGGUUUGUUGUUUGGCUGGUUAGUGUGGGUUUUGUGCAGAGUUGGAAUUGAAGGCAUUGAUGGUUUUUUCUGCUUCACAUUCCGUGUUCAUUAUCUGCAGAGAUGCAGCUGGAAUCGCAGGGAACAUAUUUGCUUUUGGGCUGUUUCUUUCACCAAUACACACGUAUAGAAGAAUCAUCAGAAACCGUUCAACUGAAGAGUUCUCAGGGCUACCAUACAUAUAUGCCCUUUUGAACUGCUUGAUCUGCGUAUGGUAUGGAUCGCCUCUUGUAUCUUCUGAUAAUAUACUGAUCAUGACGGUGAAUUCAGCUGGUGCAGUGUUUCAAUUAGUCUACAUAGCCCUCUUCAUAAUAUAUGCUGAGAAAUCGAAAAAGGUGAGGAUGCUGGGUUUGCUGUUGGCAGUUUUUGGUCUAUGUGCAAUCAUAGUUUUUGGGAGCUUGCAAAUGACUGACCUUGUUAUGCGCCGGCUGAUUGUUGGACUGCUUAGUUGUGUUUCUCUCAUAUCAAUGUUUGCUUCUCCCUUGUUUAUAAUUAACUUGGUGAUCCGGACAAAGAGUGUCGAAUUUAUGCCAUUUUAUCUCUCCCUUUCUACCUUCCUAAUGAGCACGUCAUUCUUUCUUUAUGGAAUUUUUAAUUAUGAUCUCUUCAUUUAUGUUCCAAAUGGCAUAGGAACCAUUUUGGGGAUUGUACAAUUAGCUUUGUACUUUUACUAUAAGGAUUCAUCUAAAGAAGACUCCAGAGAACCGUUGAUAGUUCCAUAUCCAUAAGUUUUGCCAAAAAGAAUUGUGCACAUGUUUUGUCUUUGAAGUAAGAGAAGAUUUUAUCUUGACAUAACAAGGCAAGAAGGCUGAAGCGAAGAGUGGUGCUGAUUACCAACUUGAAAACUAAAAUCAUGUUCUUCAGCCUGUCAAGCUCCUCUGUGCCAGUCAUCCCCCUCCCUCUCCCUAUCCCCUCCAUCUUCCGUUGUCUACAUGUGAAAGUGCAUCUGCGUGUAUCAUAGAUAUUUAGAAAA